CCGGGAGCAGGGUGGCCCCGCCAGUCCCCGCGCGCCGGGCGGCCGCACACGUGUCCCGGCGUCACGUCCGCGCGCGCCCCCGGGGCUUACGUCAGCGCUGCUCCGAGGGCUGCUGCGCCGGGCUCUGCGCCGCCGGGGUUCGGGGCCCGCGACCGCCGGGAGGAGGGGCCGCCGGGGCCGCUCGGACGCGGGGGGCGGCGGGGUCGUCCGCGCGCCCCGCCCCAGCCUGCCCGGCGCCCGCCGUCUCGGUUGCCGGCCCGGGCGGGCGCGGUGGCGUUGCUCCGGACCCGGCGCCCGGCGGGCGCGCACCGCCUGGCCCCGGCGGCCCCGCGGAAGGCAGGCGGCCGCGGGUCCAUGGUGGGUUCGGAGCGCGAUGAGCCGCCCGCCCUCCACCGGCCCCAGCGCUAACAAGCCCUGCAGCAAGCAGCCGCCGCCGCCGCCGCAGCACGCUCCGUCCCCGGCUGCGCCCCCGGCCGCCGCCACCAUCUCCGCCGCGGGCCCCGGCUCGUCCGCGGUGCCCGCCGCGGCGGCGGUGAUCUCGGGCCCCGGCGGCGGCGGCGGCGCCGGCCCGGUGUCCCCGCAGCACCACGAGCUGACCUCGCUCUUCGAGUGCCCGGUCUGUUUUGACUAUGUCCUGCCCCCCAUCCUGCAGUGCCAGGCCGGGCACCUGGUGUGUAACCAAUGCCGCCAGAAGUUGAGCUGCUGCCCGACGUGCAGGGGCGCCCUGACGCCCAGCAUCAGGAACCUGGCGAUGGAGAAGGUGGCCUCGGCGGUCCUGUUCCCCUGCAAGUACGCCACCACCGGCUGCUCGCUGACCCUGCACCACACGGAGAAGCCGGAGCAUGAAGACAUCUGCGAGUACCGACCCUACUCCUGCCCCUGCCCGGGGGCCUCCUGCAAGUGGCAGGGGUCCCUGGAAGCCGUGAUGUCCCACCUCAUGCACGCCCACAAGAGCAUCACCACGCUCCAGGGCGAGGACAUCGUCUUCCUGGCGACGGACAUCAACCUGCCGGGGGCCGUCGACUGGGUCAUGAUGCAGUCCUGCUUCGGCCACCAGUUCAUGCUGGUGCUGGAGAAGCAGGAGAAGUACGAGGGCCACCAGCAGUUCUUCGCCAUCGUCCUGCUCAUCGGCACCCGCAAGCAGGCCGAGAACUUCGCCUACAGGCUGGAGCUGAACGGGAACCGGCGCCGGCUGACCUGGGAGGCGACGCCCCGGUCCAUCCACGACGGCGUGGCCGCGGCCAUCGUCAACAGCGACUGCCUGGUGUUCGACACGGCCAUCGCGCACCUGUUUGCAGACAACGGGAACCUGGGCAUCAACGUGACCAUUUCUACCUGCUGUCCGUGACGCGCCGGCAGGACGUGGGCACGGCGCCGUGGCCAAUAAAGGGUUUUAUGGGUGUUCCAGUCACUGUGCCUCCAGCAGUCAGCCCGCGUUCGGUGUGGACCGCAGCGUCCCUCUGGCGCGUCCGCUCAGCAGGGUGCGUUCAGUUGGGACGACUGCCGUGGGCCUGCCGGCCGCUCGGACGCGGUGCUGUCGCUUCAGUUCUGCUGCACAGCCCUGGACGGGCUGCCCCGGUCUCCCGCAGACCAGGUGUGAGGAAGCGGAGGCUCCUUCCUGCCCCCACCCCUGUGUUGGUCCCUCCAAAUUCACAAAGCACAGUGACUGUUAAAAGGUUCUUUUCAUUUUGUGUUUAGGGGAUAGGAAUUGUUCUGAUGCAUUUUAAACGGUGUUUCUCGAGCCGGGAGGCGGACCACUGUGCGCAGGGUCACCGGAGGACUCGUGGGCGUGCCCCUUCGGAGAGCCCGUGACUCGGAGUCUGAGAAUCGCCGGGUUAAAUUGUGGGGAAAGGGUCCAGGUUUUAAAGGUGCUUUAAGAUUGCCCUCUACUGACACUGUUUGUCUUUCUACAGUUUCCCCCCACCCCCACACCCACCCCCAAAUUAAAACUAGAACUACAGGUCCCCGGGAGCACACUCCUAAGACCUGGUCUCCCUUGUGUUUGGGGUGGGUGACCUAGGAAAGCAAGUUCUAUGGCCAAUGAGAGUCCUCACGUAAUUAGUUUUUGCUCAUCGCAGGUCCCGGGGACCCGUGUCCAUGGGGCCCCCCCGGACGCCCUCCUUGACCGCAGCUGGUGGAAAGACUAGGUCAGUAGUUGGAAAAGCUUUAUAACCGUGUCAUAUGCUUGCUAUUUAAAGGUAUGUGUUGGUUGGUUUGUU